AUGCUCGCCCUCGCUCUUCUCGCGACGCCCUCAACCGCCGCCUCUCGCCCACGUCCGCGGCGCGGGGGGGCACUCAUCGACACGCGCAACCGCACCGACUUCAGCAUCAAGCUCGAGAACGACGCGCCGACGCUCGCCCUCGCGGCGUCUGCCUCGCGCAAACCCAACAAGGCCGCGGGGCUCCUGCUCCACCAAUACCUCGCCUCCUUUGGCGAGACCACCGGCGCGGUCAAGAAUGGCGACGUCUCGCUCGCCGACUCCACCGCCAACUCCGUCGGUGUCACGUGCGGCGGCGGCGCCGCCCCUGUGUGGUGCGCGGAGCCGCCGCUGCCGCUCGCCGAGCUCUGCGUCUCUGAGGAUCCGAUCAAGACCUCGGGCUCCACGAGCAAAAAGACGGACUGCACGACCACCACGGCCCACUCCAAGGGCGAGGCCGACAAGACGGACACAAAGCUCAACAUCGGCGCCUACGCCGAGCUCGCCCCCUUAUUUGACGAGACUUCCGGCGCGACGAAGAUCGGCGACCCCUCACUCGAGGAGAGCUUCACGACCGCCACGCCCCUCUCAGAGAUCGAUGUGGCCUCGCUGCUCUUUCUCCACUCUUGUGCGGCCGUGCUGGCGCUGCUCCUCGCGGCGUUCCUUGAGCCGCUGCUGCGUGGGCAGGUCAAGAGGAAGAGCGUGGAGCGCAGCAGCCACGCAGCGAUCUCCGUACCCUUGCUCUCCAGCACGCGUGCUCUCCGAGUUGGCAUUGUGAUCCUCUUCUUCCUGCAGGACGUAUGCGGCACCCCAGCGGCACCGCCCGUCAACGUCAGCAGCCCGUGCUCGCUCACGGACGGCGGCUCGUGCGCCACGUCGCCAAACUACCCGAACAGCUACGGCAGGAACGAGGCGUGCACCAUCAGCGGCGUGCCGCAGGUCGGGCUGGAGACGGUCGUCUUUGAUGUGGAGGGAGACUCCUCCUCUUACUACGACUACGACGGCAAUGGCGACCCCACGGACGACUGCCCCGACUAUCUCACCGUCAACGGCAAGAAGUACUGCGGCACGUCGGGGCCGAGCGGCGCGGUGGCGGAGGACGGCGUGAUCGAGUGGCGAUCGGAUGGCAGCGUAGUCGAGUCGGGCUGGAAGGCGCGCCCCUGCGAGGACCAGCUCCGCAACCUGAUCGAGGAGGCUACUAUUACUGCUGCCGACGUCUCCAUCUACCUGCCGCCCGGCGACGUCGAGAUCAUCGAGUCGGUCGUGAGGGAUUGCAGUGCUUACAAUUGGGGCGGCGUCGUCUACGCGUUACGCAGCGGUGCGGUCUCGAUAACCGGCUCGACCGUGUCGGGCUGCUCGGCUCGCAAUCUCGGCGGCGUCGUCCACGCGUAUGAGAACAGCGGUGCGGUCUCGAUAACCGGCUCGAACGUGUCGAGCUGCUCUGCUACCUAUGCCGGCGGCGUCGUCUACGCGAAUGCGAACAGCGGUGCGGUCUCGAUAACCGGCUCGAACGUGUCGAGCUGCUCUGCUGGCUAUGACGGCGGCGUCGUCUACGCGUAUGAGAACAGCGGUGCGGUCUCGAUAACCAGCUCGAACGUGUCGAGCUGCUCUGCUGGCUAUCACGGCGGCGUCGUCCACGCGUUUCGCAGCGGUGCGGUCUCGAUAACCAGCUCGACCGUCGCCGGCUCCUCGGCUGGCUAUUGCGCCGCGUAG